AUGAAACUCACCGCGUCACUUCUUGCUGUGCUCACCACCGUCGCCGUCGCCGUCGCCGUCCAAGCUGGACACAGCUUCGAGAAGCCUUCUGUGCUGGGUAGACAUGCCACUCUUGCUGCUCGAAACAAGGGUGCGUUUGGUAUUAACGCACCCAAGCUACGGAGGAACAAAACCUGCAGGCCGAGACCCGUCAGUCGUGUUUUGAAUUUGAAUGUUGUCAGCUCGGAAACUCCUACACCGUCAGCUCCUGCAUCGUUUGCAAAUUCAACCUCAGCUUCAGGUUCGACGGCAACAUCGGCUCCGACUGCAACAUCGACUCCGACUGCAACAUCGACUCUGACUGCAACAUCGACUCCGACUCCACCCCCAACUUCACCAGCUCCUCAGCCCCCGACAUCUGAUAACGGAUCUGGUAACAACAACUCUGGAGGUGGACUUGUCCAAGUCGUCUCUUCCAACGGUUGUGGAUCUAGCGGUGCAACAAAGGAAAUCACUGCAUUGAGCGGUCCGAAUGGCCAUAUUGAUUUCCUGACCUGCGGGAUUAAUAGUGGCGGAUGGGAGCCACCUGUGCUGACAAUCCAGAAUAUCGUUACUGCUGACUUGUCAGCAGUCGCAUACCAAGAUGGUUCUGCAUUCACAAAUUGCAAGGACUUCGUUCCGAUAUUUGAGAAAUACGGUAGCCAGUAUGGAAUCCCUGCUAUUCUCAUCGCAUCUUUUGCCAUGCAGGAGAGUUCGUGUAUUCCGAGCACCGUCGGUGGAGCUGGCGAGCAAGGUUUAAUGCAGCUCACCAGUGACAAGUGCGUUGGUGCUCCAAAUGGUGAUUGCAAGGACGUUGAUUUCAACAUCGGUGCUGGUGCCAAGUUCUUCUCACAGCUGCUCAAUGACAACGACGGCGACCUUCUCACCUGCAUUGGUCAUUAUAAUGGCUGGUUCAAGGGGAUGACUUAUGACGACGCAACCGCUGCUGCCCACGGCGGUAACUGCAGGGAGCAGAACAACCUCGACUAUUUGCACCAAUUCUUGAACGGGUGGUGCCAGGAUGUCAAUGCCUACCAGCACAACCCUCCUCUUGGGAAGUACUUCAACCUGAACGUCUGCCAAUAAGCGACAUUCGCUCCCAUCGCAACCAUUUUCACUGGCACUCUAUUUUAGACACAUUUAUUAGCAUUAAGCGAGAGUUUGAAACGAUCCUGAUACCACAUACCCUUAUACCUGCUUUAUAGUGACGCUGUCUGUCCUGUUAUUGUACUUAUUUUUUCUGGUUAGUAUAGAGCUCCUUUGUGUGCGAAUCUUAGUCUUCAUCGAACAUCC